CAGCAGGUAGAACAGGUUUGGGCGAGGCGUCUCAGUGAGAGAGUCAGAUUUUCAUUGUUCGGUUUAACUCCGUCUCGUAGAAACAGAAGACAGACAGCAGCAGGAGGAGAAGUUUGGGUUUACCUUCAAGAAACCACAGAUUGAAAGAAAAGAAGAAAAGAAGAGAAGAAAAGGUGACUCUGAGCAGCUGUGAACAGAGCUCUCUCCUGAUUGGACGGCUUCCUGAUUGGUUCAUCUCCUUAAGCCCCGCCCUCCUGUGACUCAUCACCAUGUCAUCAAACAUCCGCGUCUCCCUCGAGAACCCGUACGGCGAGGUGACCAUCCCGCGGGCUAAGCUCCGCCCCUCCGAUGGCGACGCCACGGUGAUAGCCAAUCCCGGUGCUCUGAGCGGCGAGAACCCGUACGGCGUGUCGAGCUCUGCCCCCCCGCCGUACGUGGUGAAGGAGGCCGCGGUGGAGGAGGAGCGGGGGGGGCGCGCCUGCUGCUACCGCUGCCGGAGGAGGAAGUGAUGUCACAGCUGCACCCGGAGGAGGAAGUGAUGUCACAGCCGCUGCCGGAGGAGGAAGUGAUGUCACAGCUGCUGCCGGAGGAGGAAGUGAUGUUACAGCCGCACCUGGAGGAGGAAGUGAUGUCACAGCCGCACCUUUCACCGAGGAAGGGAAGA